CAUUUCCCACAAUGCCCGUUAAGAACGUAAAAUGAUUUCGUCAUCAAAGUGCGCCGUUACUCUGGCAACGUUUGUAACGGAUUUAGCCAUUUAGCUAGGUUGUCAGCUUUGUGAAAUAUCAAAUUUAAUGCCAAAACUAAGCUCAGACACGCUAUGGGAGCUUUCUGCGGCGGAGAUCCACAGUCGGGAGACUGAAGGUGGGGAGGAGGACGGAGGAGAGACGGUCAGUGAGAGGACCGUGUUUCUGAUGGGGAGCAAGGCAGGGGGUAAAACGUCCAUUCUGCUCAGAUGCCUUGACAGGGAUGAACCGGCCAAGCCGACUCUAGCACUGGAGUACACCUUUGGCAGACGGGCCCGAGGACACAACACACCCAAAGACAUAGCCCAUCUAUGGGAGCUGGGAGGAGGAACCUCUUUGUCAGACCUGGUCCAGAUUCCCAUCACUCCUGUCAGCAUCAGGUCUCUCUCUGUCAUCCUCAUUCUGGACCUUUCUAAACCCGGUGCCCUGUGGGGAACCAUGGAGAAGCUGCUGCAGGCAGCACGAGCACAGUUGGAGAAAGUGUCUUCCAAGGCACAACAAGCACAGAAGGCCAAACCUGGAGCCAAACACCAGAUGCCUGUCCCCUCAGUAGCACGCGUCUUACCUAAAGACUAUCCCGACAGAGAACUGAUCAGUCCCUUUCCUGUCCCUCUGCUCAUCAUUGGCAGUAAAUAUGACCUCUUUCAGGAAUUUGACUCUGACAAGAGGAAAGUGGUUGGUAAAACACUUCGUUUUCUUGCCCACUACUACGCAGCCUCUCUUAUUUUCACUAGCUUCAAGUCAGAGAACCUCAUGUCAAAAACCAAGAGCUUCUUCUCUCACCUGGCUUUCGGUCUUGACAGAGGGAAAACUGUGUCCUGUGACUCCACAAAACCUCUCAUCAUUCCAGCCGGCUCUGACUCCUUCAGUCAAAUAGGAUCCCCUCCUACAACUGAUGUGGACAUUACUUCUCUGCAUGCCAAAAACCCAAAGGACCUCUGGAAGAAAGUCUACGAGCGUGUCUUCCCUCAGGAGAAUACCAGUGAGCAAAAGGAACUAAAGGAUCCAGCCAAAGACCCGCAGUACAGCGAGCCUCAGAUUGAUGCCAUGAGAGCCCAGAAAGACCAGGAGUUGGAUCAGUAUAAGAGGAAUGCAGCAAAAUCAUGGAAAGGACUGGAGCUUGAGACAUGAGGGAAAAUCAGCUUUAUGGUCACACACAAACAUCACACAUUAAUGCAAACACAGAACAUAUUUUGCAAUAUUUAUUUCCUUUUGUGUCAUAUUGUAUUUUCACUUCUUGGUACUUCAUAUAACUUGUAUAACCUUGUAAACUUGAAGAAACUUGUAUGAGAUUUUUUAAAAACUAUUUUAACAUAUCAAAACGUUUAUGCACUAAUGAUGAGAUGUGUUCUAAAAAAUAAACAAUUCUACAUUAUUGCAAUAGGCAUCACUUCCUAUUCAUGACACAUUACAGUCACACUAUUUAAACUAAAAAAUAAUACUUGGAAUACAUAGAUGUAAAUUUAGCAUUAAUUCUAUUAAUAAUACACAGCAGCCCAUCAUUAAUUUAUACAAUUUAUACAAAACUUCUAUUUGAAUCUGUGCCGUCGCUGUUUGUGCCCAUCAUUGUUAAAGCAGCAUGUUGGUUUGUGGUA